GUGAAGUUUGGGGUUCGUUCAUUCCGAAUCCUUUAUAUCCGAGAGCUUUCAAUUCCCAUCAAUUGCAAAUUUAUCCAUCUCAAAGUUUUCAAAUUAAAAGAAAAAUGGCCGAAAAUUCAUCGUCUCCUCCCAAACCAAUUCAAUCAGGGAACCCGGUAAUUGAGACGUCGAACACACAGUUAACGGUGGCGGGGGCACCGUCGAACGCAGGAGGUUCCAUGACCUCGCCUUCCAAUAACAGUUCAAUUUCCCACUCGCCUUCCGUUGACCUCCCGCAAAUCCCCUUGACAACUUCGCAACAACAGCAUCAUGUUCAACAGCAACAACUGGUACAAAACCAGCAGCAUCCUCAAUUCUCGCAAUCCCAACAGCAACAAUUUGCCCAACAACAACAGCAAGUUGCUCAACAGCAGCAACAACAACAACAACAACAACAUCAGCACCAAGUGUUUCAACAACAACAUCAGCACCAACAGAUGCAGUUACACCAGCAGGAACAUAGUAAUAUCAGCAGUAAUGACACUAGCAGUAGUAACCAUAAUAAUAUGAUCACGGAAUCAAUGGCAUCUAAUUUGCAGAUUCAGCAAUUGCAGAGAUCUCCCUCAAUUUCGAGGUUGAGUCAAGUACAGCAACACCAGCAGCAGUUUGGUUUGACAAGACAGCAGGCCGCUGCUGGGAUUUAUGGGCAGAUGAAUUUUGGGGGUUGUAUGCCUCAACAACAGCAGAAUCUCCAACAGCAACAACAACCACAGCAAUAUCAGCAGAAUCUCCAACAGAUGAGUGCUGGUAUGAAUUUAUCUAGAUCGGCAUUGAUGGGACAGACUGGCCACCUCUCUAUGUUACCUGGACAAAGCGCAAUUGCUUCCUCUGCUGCCACAGCCCAGUUUAAUUUACAGCCUCAAUAUUUUUCUGCGCAUCGGCAAAAGGCUGGUUUAGUGACGGGGUCUCAGCUACAACCAGUGAACUCCCACGGGCAGCCCUUGCAAGGAAUGCAGGCAAUGGGGAUGAUGGGAUCUCUAAAUGUGAACUCUCAAAAUAGAGCCAAUGGAUCAAUUUUUUCCACGCAAAGGAUAAACCAGGCCCUGAGGCAGCAAGUGUCUCAGAACUCUCCGUUCAUGUCCAACCAGAACCUUCAGAGGACGUCAUCAUUUAUGAAUCCUCAGUUAUCUGGAAUGGCUCAGAAUGGACAAUCACCUUUGGUACACAACACUUUAACUCAGCAGCAGUGGAUAAAGCAAAUGCCUACGCUAUCUUCACCGAAUUCCCCUUCAAUCCGUAUUCAGCACUCAAGGCAAUCACUUAUUCAGCAGCAAUUGCCUCCAAACCAACAGUUACAUCAGAAUACAUUGGCUUUGAGCCCACACCAGUUAUCUCAAAUCGUGCCCCAGCAACAAACGGCACACCCUCAGAUGCAUCAGCAGCAGCCGGAAUCGCUGCAACUUCAGCAGCCAAAUGAACAUCACCAACAAACGCCUGGACAGCAACCUUUGCUUCAACAGCAGCAACAACAGUCUGGGGCGCAAAUUUUGCAUCAACUACAACUACAAUCUUCUCCGCAUAUGGCAGCCCCCACAUGCCAAAAAUCUUUGAGUUUGACUGGAUCACAGCCAGAUGCUACUGCAUCUGGAGCCACUACUCCAGGGGGGAGCUCAAGUCAGGGAACUGAAGCAAGCAUUCAACUUCUUGGAAAACGAAAAAUACAGGAUUUAGUUUCACAGGUGGAUUCCCUGGGGAAGCUUGAUCCUGAUGUUGAAGAUCUUCUUUUAGAGAUUGCUGACGACUUUAUUGAUUCAGUCACUACAUUUGCUUGCAAUUUGGCAAAGCAUAGAAAAUCAUCAACCCUGGAAUCAAAGGAUGUGCUGUUGCAUCUUGAAAAGAAUUGGCAUUUGACAGUUCCGGGUUUCUCAAGUGAGGAUAAGAAACAGAAACUGGAGAUUCCAUCUAGUGAUAUCCACAAGAGGCGCAUGGAUGUGAUACGUUCAUUGAUGGAAGCCACGCAUGCCGAAACAAACACAAGUGCAAGUAACAAUAGUAGGCAGGGGGUGGGUGAUCAUAUUAUUGGUCAGCAGAACCACUUCAUGAGAGCAACUCCAAAUUCAGAGCUGCUGGUUUCACAGUCUAAUGUUCCAAAAUUGUUGCAACAAAUAACGAGAUUUUGAUGCUCCUCUUUCAUGAGUCUGCCAAUUCAACAAUUUAUAGCUUUCCCAAGAGCUUGCAUGUUGUAAAACUCAGAAAAUAUCAUUGCCAGGAGCCAACACCACUGGAGUCACUUUCAUGUCAUCAAGUCACAUAAUUGAAGUUCUUUGUUAGGAAUCCUCCUCACGCCCUCCCCCCCCCCCAGACACACACACAUCACGUGCUUCAAUGUUGUAUAGCGUUUAUAGAUCAAAUGGAGUUUACAAGAUAGUAGUUUAAUCAAACCCUUUGGUUCAAAGUUGCCAUAACUUCUCUUGCUUGCGUGAGCUUUCUACAUUUUUAUCUUUACGAAGGAAGAUGGGUGUAAUUUUAGCAUCUAUUAUUGCCAUAUCAUGAAUUUGAAAUUUGAGGACGAAGGGCAUUUAGAAUGCCCUCUUCUCUUCGACUAAAAAUGUGAUCCCAAUGAAUCAAUAUGGUCUGCUGGU